UGACCCUGCUCUCUUUCAAGAACUCUUUCAAAACGAACAUGGCGGCAACGUAACGUUUGGCCAAAAUGACUGUGGGUCAUUUCGCGAGAAAAGAUCCCACCUUGUCGGACCGAGGAGGCGAGAUUCGGCGUGUUGAAACGAGGAUUCCUUGCGCUUUUCACCACAAAGCCAGGAAUCAGAGCGUGUGGCCAGACACGGGCUUUUCCGCGUUGUAGCGGCUCUGCGCAAAAGGGGAGAGCGGAACCCAUGACAGACGAGCAGGGAGAGACAUGUUGCUACAGAUAGUUGGGUUUUUCUCCGGAGAAGCACGGGGAGAGGGGAUUCGACUAUGAAAGCAGUAAUCCCCCUCAACACAGCACUGAUCGGGAAUUGCAGUUAAUCGCGGAGGUGAGCCACGACCGCUCGUCAGCAGCCAUCGUUUAGUGGGCAAAACUCAACGUCAAUGACUAUUGUGGCAGAAAAUCCCCCACGGCGGAGUCAGCCAGAGCUGCGCUUUCCCAAAAUAUGACCAGCGGUGCUUGGAAGUGUCGGCAGCGAGAUGACGGCUUAAAAAUUUGGUGUGCUCCCCGCGAGAACGAGAAGCCAUUCACCGACUCCGAGAGGGCCCAGCGAUGGCGAUUGUCCUUAGCGUCCCUCUUAUUCCUAACCGUUCUGCUUUCUGAUAAUCUGUGGUUCUGCGCCGAGGCCAAACUGACAAGGACCCGAGACAAGUUAGCUUCAGUGGACAUGAGUGCAAACCACAGACCCGACCUCCCUUCAACACACAGCAGCCUCAGAAGAAACGAAGAUGCUAUUUUUGUAGUCAAUUCUACCAAACCUUUGUGGCAACUAGAAACUUGCCACCCGGAUGGUUUGUCUGAAAACUGCUUCACUUUUGUCGACGCUGACCACUUGUGCAGGGGCCUUUCGGAAACGGAGGGGACGCGGUGGAUCAACAUAAGCGAUUUGUACCUUUCCUUUUGUAAUUCGUACUCUCUUAUGGAUUUACUUUAUGGAACAUUAAGCCCGGAUAAUUUGAACUGCAGCCUUGACGUGAUCGUGGACGGCGAGCUAAACAGGUGCAGUAUGUGCGUUCAGGCGUACCAGCGUUAUGACCUGCACGCGCAGGAGAAAUAUGAGGACUUUGAGAUGAUGGCAGACAAAUACGAGACAGAUGUGUACUCCGUAAGGACGUGCAUGGAAGAAUGCAAGACUGUCUACAAGCCCUGGCUCUGCGCUCAGUAUUUCCAGAGUCCUCAGUCAGGCUGCAUUCAUAAGAUUCCCUGUGAGCAAUACUGUCUUGAGGUCCAGCAGAGGUGUCCGUUCAUAUUGCCUGACAAUGAUGACCUUAUACAUGGUGGUACUCCCAGUUUUAUAUGUGCAGGGUUCAAACCAGACAUCAACCAGGAGUGCUGUGAUGUGCGAUGGGACCAGAAGUCCAACCGCUCCCGGGGCACUUUAAAAAGAACUCACCCUUCCUGCCAGCACACAUCCGUGACCUCCUCGGGGGGUCCACGGCUCGGGCAGGGCCGGCUGAAACUUUGCUUGCUGGUCCUAGUUCUUCUCCACACUGUGGCUACCAUGACAGCCAAUCAGAACUCGACCUGCCUGACUGGAAUCUUUCCACUGGAUGACAACGCCCCGAGAGAAGAGUGAUUGAAUGAAGAAAAACUCCAGCUCCAACACCACUUGCUUCAGGCUUGCCAGUAAAGAAGCACCUCAUUCAGAGAAAAGUUGAGUGUAAUGGCUCUAAGUGAGGCUCACAGUCUCUACCAGAGAACACUUAUCCACACUUGUCAUCAGCACCUUGUUGGGUUUUGGGAAAACAGUCAACAGGACACAGGACAAAAGAUAAGCAUAAUAAGAAGAGUCAGAACAUGCCCCUACAGAGACUUCUUGCUCUCUUCUGGUACACACAUUGUGACACACACACACACACACACACGCAAGUUGCCAUUUCACUUUGCACUAGGAGAUUAUCUAACUUUUCCCUUUUAGUUUCAGCUGUUAUUUUCACUUCAAGAUGGUUUUGACUUCUGUUCAGUGGUUUCAGAGCAACCUGGAAAGAGACUUGGGUGUCCAUGUCCUGUCAAAUUCUCUCGUUAUGUUACGUGUCAGUAUUUUGUGUCCUUUGAGAGUGAGCGUCACAUCACAGUCAUCAGCACCAUUCAGACAGGCUACAGGUAGAAGAUUCAUGUCUUUCUUUCUAAUGCCUACAUUUUCAUCCUAAAUAAAAUAAAAUAAUAAAAAGCCCUAUUCUUAAACUAAAUGUACUGAAAGCCUCAAAAUCAAAUCAGCAGUUGGCACCCCAUCUAAUUAGAGAAUGUUGUUUAUCUUCUCUACCUUCUAAGAAACAGAUAAAACCUCCUUGCAUUAUUUUAGAAACUGAUGCUUAUUUCCCUUACUGUAUGAAAAAUUUAUUCUAAGAUCUUCAUCUCCAAAUCAUGUACAUAGCUUACUGUUUUACACUUAGAAAAAAAGCGACAUAAGUUGUCAUUGGGCUGGUACCCUUUAAAAAGGUAAUAAUGUGUAACCUUUAAGAUACUAAUAUAGAACUUUUAGGGGUAAAUAUGGUACAGAAGUGUACCUAUUGAAAAGGGUGCUGUCCUAGUGACAGAUUUUUUAUGCAUCUUGCCCAUUUUAUUGUAUAAAAAGACCCCAUUAUUUUGGUAGUUAUUCAAAUACAAAUAUAGUCUACAACAGGUCAGAAUAAUCCAAGUAACAGGGCUUUGGCACACAACUGUAAAAAAGGAGGAUGUAAUUAUAAGUAUUUUCAUACAUGACACUAUUUUAUUAUGCACUUUAAUCAUUUAACAAUGUGCUAAACCCUUCUGCCCUCUUGCAUUAAUUGCAUCUUGGAUAUUCUUCUGUGAAAUAAUCAUUUCUCAGUAUGUGGUCCUUACAUUAUUCUUAACAGCAACAAUAUUUAUAUUAUUAUUCAUUGCAUGACAUAAUUUGAAUGCAUUCAUUUAACAUCGUUAUAUGUGAAGUUUGUUUAACUAAGGUUAACUACCAUAGUUCAUGUGCGAAUGGAACUGAAAUAGCUGAACAGAAUGUGGCACUCCAACAUAAUCAUACACAAUUACACUGUAAUUUUACCAUAAUUUCCCUGUCAAAAAUAACUAUCUAUUGUGUAAAGGGCUUAGCAAAUAGUAGUGUGUGAAGAAGGAGUUAAGGGCUUACUCUACAUUUCUCCUUCUGUGUGAUUGUUGUCUUCAGUGUUUGAGUGUAAUGGAUAAUAGGGAUUAUGUGUUGUUUUUCCUUUGUCAGGACCUUAUUUUAAUACCUUAUUUUCAGACUAUCCUCAUAUACA